CCAUUAAUUGACAACAUGCCAAAAAUUAACAAUGACAAAACUAUCAUUAUCCGUGUUUGCACGCCUAUGUUUGUAAAAAAAAGAAAAAAAAGAAAAAAUAAAAAUACAAAACCACCAUUUUUGCAUGUAAUUUGACUCUCUCUCCCUCUCUUCAAAGAAGAGAACAAGUUACAAGGGAGAGGAAUCGAAAUCCAGACAUUUGCGUCACACGUUUUCAUGUGUUUUUUUUUUUAAUUCAAAAUUUGAUCUUGAACUUUGAAUAUUCAUGUACAGAAUAUUAGUUGUCGUUUAUUUUUUAUUAGGCUCACAAUUUCUAACCCUGCAGGCCUUAGGUUUAACCUAAGGAAGUUGACUUGGAAUGGUGAAUUGUUUAACAAAAAAUUACCAGUCUUAUCUUCCUCUUUUUGUUGAAAACCAAAUAAGGUUUUUUUCCCAGUGAUUAGCCAUGAAUAGCUGUGCACCGUUGCUGUUUCGUAAAAAGUCACAUGGAUUUGAGGGAAAGGAGUCGCCAGUGGCGACAACCAAGAGGUCAAAUAUAUUGAGGAAUCUCAAGUUAUUCAAAGGCUCUAAAGUGCACAAUUCCAACAGUGCGACCAGUGUAUUCCUUAAAAUGGAAGAGCUUAGGAAAAAGAUUCUUACUUUUAGGGACUUAAUUGACCUACCUCCAUGUGUCGGCUCUGCUUCUGCAAAUGAGCUGGUGAUAACGACAGUGAAGGAUCUGCACGUGUUGUACCCUAAUAUUGUACCCAAAAAUUCGAUGUCAGAAAUCGAAGGAACACCUAUAAAUCAGGCACUGGCCUCGCUUUGCCAAGCUUUGAAAUCUAUCGGAGACAUGUGGAUGAGUAAAGAUGAGUGGGUGGAGAAAUCCAAAACCGUAGCAUAUGAUAAAAUGACUUCCAACAAGUUGGAACAACAUGCAUUGGCAAUGCUCCAUGACAUGAUUAAAUUAGCAAGAGAAAGGUUGUUUGAUUUGAUGGAUGAAGAUGAACCAGUGAAAGUUAACAGUCCCAAAACUGGUUCAUUUGGGAGGUCUUUGUCAGAGUCCUCCUACUCCGAGAACAAAUCUCCAUUUGGUUCUCCAGCUACUCCAACUUCAGUCCUCCCAGUGAUGACAACUCGUUCCGCGGCUCCUUAUUGUUCACCUCUUCUCUUACCUCUUAGAGUUCAAGCAGUUGAGAAGUUGAACCCCAUUGAUUUUAAGCGCCUUUCAUUCCACAUGUUCCAUUACAUGGCAGGCUCGGGUCAUAGGAAUACGACAGUUGGGGAACAAAAGCAGGAGAAGGAAGUAAAUAAUGACUGUGAAAUUACAGAAACAAGUGGCAUUGAACUUGAGGAUACUGAAGAUUGCAAAAUAAAGGAGGAUAUACAAAAAAUUCUAAUGAUUAAUCUGGAAAAGAUAACUAGUGAUAAAGGGAGAAAUUGGAUUGGCAACCCAAAUAUUUCACUAGGACCAAGUCCUCGUUCACUCAAGUUUCGACCGAAUGUAGCAGAAGCUGGGGUGCUACCCCCACCACCACCGUCAACGCCCACCUCGCCAAUGGUAGAGGUAGAGGUAGAGGUAGAGGCAGAGGUAGACGUUCUGCCUCCGCCGCCACCAUCAACACCCAUGUCCCCAAUGGCAGAAGAAUCAACACUGCCACCACCACCGCCACCACCACCCAUGUCACAAAACGUUGUGGCAUCACCACCUUCUCCUCCUCCUCCUCCACCACCACCUGAACCACCCAUGUUAUCACCCUUGACUCUGCCUCCACAGCCACCCCUACCACCAUCACCAACCAAACUGGCACCAAAUGUACCACAAGCAAUGCAAUCAGCAAUGCCAUCACCACCUCCUCCACCGCCACCAUUCAUGACAUCAAGACACUCAGCAAUGCCACCACCACCGCUGCCACCACCUAUGAUGGCAAGCAACAGAGAAACACCAGUGCCACCUCCAGCAGGGAUGUCAUCAAAACAAUCAGUUCUAUCACCACCACCACCACCCAUGGCACUGGGAAAGGGAGCUCCUCCCCCACCACCUCCUACUUUUGGUGGCUCAAAAUCCCUACGUCCCAAAAAAGCAACAACUAAAUUGAAGAGAUCAUCCCAGAUGGGUACUCUAUAUCGACAUCUAAAGGUGAAGGUUGAAGGAUCUAAUCUAGAUAGUAAAUCAUCACAGGGGAAAAAAGGUAAAAUUGGGACCACAACUGGUGGAAAACAAGGAAUGGCCGAUGCACUAGCAGAGAUGACAAGGAGAUCAGCAUACUUCCAACAAAUUGAAGAGGAUGUUAAAAAGCAUGCAAAAACAAUCAUGGAGUUGAAAGUGACCAUUAGCGCUUUCCAAACAAGAGACAUGGUUGAGCUCCUCAAGUUCCACAAAUACGUGGAGCACCAUCUAGAGAAACUAACUGAUGAAUCCCAGGUGCUAGCAAGGUUUGAAAGUUUCCCUGAAAAGAAGUUGGAGGCAUUGAGGAUGGCAGGUGCACUCUACUCUAAGUUAGAUAUAAUAGCCAAUACUCUGCAGAACUGGAAGAUUGAUGCCCCUCUAAGUCAAUUCCUUGACAAGUCUGAGAGUUACUUCAAUAAGAUCAAAGGAGAAAUCGACACAUUAGAACGAACUAAAGAUGAUGAAGCCAAGAAGUUCCGAAAUUACAAGAUCAAUUUUGAUUUCAGUAUCCUAGUAAGGAUCAAAGAAUUGAUGGUGGAUGUUUCCUCAAACUGCAUGGAGUUAGCACUUAAGGAGAACAGAGGAGCAAAGGUUGAUGAAAACGAACAAAGUCGAUCUAAAACCGACAGAGAAAUGAAGGGAUCUACUAAAAUGCUUUGGAGGGCUUUCCAAUUUGCAUUCCGUGUUUAUACAUUUGCCGGUGGACACGAUGAUCGUGCUGACAAGUUGACAAGAGAACUGGCUCAAGAAAUAGAGAAUGACUCUCAUUGUAGUAAUCUACUAAUAUAAAUAUUUUGGGCAAAUAAAUGUAACAAAAAGAAAAAUAGAACAGUUGAAUAUGUGAUACUAGUAUAAGAUGAUCUCAAUAUUAUUGCGAAUUUUGAGGCCGAUCACAUUGAAGCAAGCAUAUCUAGCCAUAUGCCCUGGAGAUGCUUCUUCUGAGUUGGUCAAUUUAAUAUAUUAGAACAUAAUAUGCUACAAGAACAACAUUGCUAAGACUAUGGAGAAGAUCAAGCUAAACUCUAGCUCCGCUACUCCACAAAUGCUCUAUGUUAAUAUCCAAGUGAUUGGUUUUGUAGUCUCUGCAUAUUGUCUAUUCUCAUGACUGAAAAUAUUAUUUGAUCAUUUUACUUUGUUUGAUUUUAUAUUCCCCUUUCUUUCUUUUAUACAAUGUUAUCACACAUGCCUAGUUAUAAACAUCGCCUUUGUUGCGAGUGUCUUGCAUUUUUACGGUACUCAAAGAGUUACCUUAAUGCUGUGUUUGGUUGGGGGAUUUGAGAAGGGAUUUGGAAAGGAAAAUGGAAAGGUAGGUGAAAUGUGAAUAAAAUAUACCCACAUUUCACCUAAUUUCACACACAUUUUCUCUUUCCUUUUCCAAAUCUCUCUCUAAAUCCUCCAACCAAACACAGCGUAAGGGGUGUUUUGCAGAAGUGGAGAGCCAACGGCCAUUAAGGUUUCAGUGUGAGAGUAUGACAUCAUUGUAGAGUGGUUGAGUUUACGCAUAUUGGAUUUGAUCACCUUCCCUCUGUGGAUGUAGGCGCAUUGUUGAACCACCUGUAUAUUGUAUUCUAUGUAUUUGAUUUGCUUUUCAUAAUAUUUUGUGGUUGGAACAAUUUGAUUUCUGCAUAACACCGUUGUUCUCAGUAUUUGGCAUUAUCACCUAGUUACUAGCAUCAAAAUCUAGGGAAGAUUACUUACUAAAAUUGGGUGCAAUUAUGCAAGUAUUAGCAUGCAAAGGACAUGGAUUCUUGUAAGCAAUAAGAGCAACUCAAUGGCAGAGAAGUAGAAACAACGUACAGAACUGUAUGCAUAUCUUAUACAGACAAGAAGUCAACCGUGAAGCCAAUGUAGCCUUUGCAUUUUUAUUGUACACUCAAAUUAGUAUAAAGGACCUUUCAUGAAGACAGAGAGCCAAGUCUGUUAAGGUUUCAGUGUGAAAGUGUGACAUUGUAAAGUGGUUGAGUUGAGAGGUUCAGAGCCCUGCAAUCCUUUUUGUACAUAUUGGGUUUGAUCUCCUCCCUCCGUGGAGGUCGGCACGUUGCCAAAACCACUUAAUCUUGUGUGCUAUGAUUUGAUUUAUUGGAAUCAUUCAAUUUUUUGCAUAACAUCUCCGUUAUUAAUAGGGCGAAUUACACUAACAAUCUAUGUAGUUAGGGCUUGUAUCACUUUGGUCCCUCACUUUUCAAUUGUGAUACAUUUGAUUUUGAAUUUUAAAUCUUGUUCUAAAUAAGGACAAUCAAAUAUGUUUCCUUUGCAAAUGAUCAAUUUUAAGAGCAAAGUUAUUAUACAACUUAUUUUGUGUUGGCUAACUCGUAUAUUGUUUAAAAUGUAAUGAUCUUUUUUUAUUUUAUUUUAUUUUUAUGAAUAAUCCUGGCACUUUCUUGGUUAUAAAUUUUUAUUUGGUUUGGUUUUCAUAAUCUAUUUUCAAAAA